GGAGCAACGGUCAUACUCAUUCGCUAGCUUCCAUUUGUUUACAUAUUUUAAUUUGUGUUUAUUUUGAAAAUAACAAAAUGUCGCAGUUCGACACGCGACUUAUUGAGCUGGUUAGGGCUAAUCCCAAGCUUUAUGAGCGCGAACUUAGAAACGCACCCUACGAAGCGCAUAAGAAGCGCCAUCCGGAAAUCUGGAGCAGCAUAGCCACUUCAUUAAAUUCAGAUGCUAGUGCCUGUGUCACUCGUUGGAACCAUCUGGUGGCCAAACAGCGUCGGGAGCUGGCCAAAGAAAAGGCCGGAGGCACUGGCUCCGAUUGGAGUCUUCUGCCGCAUUUGAAAUUCCUGCACCAUCACCACUAUCCGAUUAAUCACCGUAAUUCGGGUGACCUGAGUAGAAGCACACUGAAAUCCAGCGACGAGGUCAACGACGAAGAGGAUCCGCUCCAGGAGGCCAUGGAUGAGCAGCUGCCUGUGGCGGGAGCUGCACCACCACCACCCACAAAUCCUGCCCAGGCAACGGCAGUCGCUCCCGUCCAAGCAAAAAAGAGGAUAGAAGCCCUGCUCGAAGGACUGGGCGAAGCGAACCGAAUUAAGGCGGAGAAACGCAUCCUGGCCUAUCUAUGCAAAUGCAAUCUGCGCGUCCUCAACGACGAGCAAAUCGAUGAUAUAGUUAUUUAGGAAGAUUGCCAAGAUGAUAUAGUUAUAGAGGAAGAUUGCCAUGAUAAUAAGUCACUGAUCAAAUAAUUGUUUAAUAUUAAGUCAUUUUCGUUAUAGUUUAUAUCUCUGGACAAUUAUCUUAGGCGUAUGCUAAAUAACUUUUUUUUCAGAUGUAUGCUUCCCUAAAAAAUAUUGUUAAUCCAUUAAUUUAACUAAACUUAUAAUUGACGCAUCGUCUGAAAAUAUUAAUUGCAUCUAAUGAA